AUUAAAAUGCCUGAAAACAAAAAUAAAUAAAAAUAGUAUAAUCAGUUUUCCCUAGAGGAUAUUCUUCGUCACAAAAAAAAUAAAAUAGUAGGAGAAGAGGGAAGCGACUAGCACCUUUUGUAGUUUUCCGUUUAUUUUCUCUAUAAGGCGGGUGAUUUCGGCUUCUUCAUCGGAGAAUAUGAGCAACGUUACCGGAGAUCGCACUGACGACGGCCUUUCCACCGCCGCUGCAGGCUCCGGCUCUACGGCGGUCCAGAGUUCCCCUCCAACUGAUCGUCCUGUCCGCGUCUACGCCGAUGGGAUCUACGAUCUUUUCCACUUUGGUCACGCUCGAUCUCUCGAACAAGCCAAGAAAUCGUUUCCAAACACUUACCUUCUUGUUGGAUGUUGCAACGAUGAUACUACCCAUAAGUACAAGGGAAGGACUGUCAUGACUGCAGAAGAGCGAUAUGAGUCACUUCGACAUUGCAAGUGGGUGGAUGAAGUCAUCCCUGAUGCACCAUGGGUGGUCAACCAAGAGUUUCUUGACAAGCACCAUAUUGACUAUGUAGCCCACGAUUCUCUUCCCUAUGCUGAUUCGAGCGGAGCUGGAAAGGAUGUCUAUGAAUUUGUUAAGAAAGUUGGGAGGUUUAAGGAAACAAUGCGAACUGAAGGAAUAUCGACCUCGGAUAUAAUAAUGAGAAUUGUGAAAGAUUACAACCAGUAUGUCAUGCGUAACUUGGAUAGAGGAUACUCAAGGGAAGAUCUUGGAGUUAGCUUUGUCAAGGAAAAGAGACUUAGAGUUAAUAUGAGGCUAAAGAAACUCCAGGAGAGGGUCAAAGAACAACAAGAAAGAGUGGGAGAAAAGAUCCAAACUGUAAAAAUGCUGCGCAACGAGUGGGUAGAGAAUGCAGAUCGGUGGGUUGCUGGAUUCCUUGAAAUAUUUGAAGAGGGUUGCCAUAAGAUGGGAACUGCAAUCGUAGACAGUAUCCAAGAAAGGUUAAUGAGACAAAAGUCUGGAGAGAGGCUGGAGAACGGUCAGGAUGAUGACACAGACGACCAGUUCUAUGAAGAAUACUUCGACCAUGACAUGGGUAGUGACGAGGAUGAAGAUGAAAAAUUCUACGACGAGGAAGAAAUAAAGGAAGAAGAGAAAGAGCAAAAGGUUAUGGCGGAUGCUAAAGACAACAAGUAAGAACAAAUUCGGCUUGCAGUCAGCUCUACUUAUGGCCACUUCUACUAAACUCCCUUAACCUCUCUCACUCUCUCUUGACCAGUAAAAUGCAUCUACUUAACAUAUAAUAUCAAUGUUUAGAAGAGAGAGAGAGUGUGUGUGAUGUGUGUGUGCGCGUGUUGAACAAACGAACGUGCGUGGUUGUCUUUGAAGAGUUGGUCUCAUCUUUGUCGAUUUUUGAAAACGAAUGUAUUUUUUUUUCUUCUUUUUAUGACAGGCAAAGUGUUAUGAAGUAACUAUGCAAUUGUCUAAACAGGAUAAGUCAAUGAUUCGUGUGUGCCAUAAAGUAAACAUCCUUGUAUUCAUUCA